UAAUAUCAUUCUAGCUUCUACAAUAAAAACUUUUUUGUAUAUAAGUACUGUAUUUUUUCUCUAAACACAAUCAGGCGAUGAUAAUCAGUAAACAAUUCUGUUUUCACCAAUUGGAUUCUUUUGUAAUGAUAUAAUAUUUUGCCUCUGUUCUAUAAUAUUAUGUAUACAAUACCACAAACACAACUACAUUGUGGAUUGAUGACAAUAAUAAAACGUUUUGUGAUUAGUCGUGACCUUUACACGAUGAUGCGGCAGAAAAUAAUCUUAAAUACAACCUAAAAACCAAAAAUUGUCAUUUUAUUACCAAACUAGUUACACUUGUGCAAUUGCUUCCAACUAAAGAGUUGAGUAGUUGACCGUUUGUUUGCUAGCAAUAAUGAGUGGAAUCGCUGCCCCUAUAACCCGUUUAACUGGGAAAAUCGCUAUUGUAACAGCUUCUACCGAUGGAAUCGGGUUUGCCAUUGCCCAACGUUUAGCCCGAGAAGGGGCGAAAGUGAUUGUUAGCAGCCGCAAACAAAACAACGUUGAUGAAGCUGUCUCCCGACUCAAAUCAGAGGGAUUAGAUGUUACUGGUUUAAUAUGUCAUGUUUCUAAAGCUGACCACCGCAAGAAACUGUUUGAGAUGGCAAAAAGCCUUGGGGGACUUGAUAUUCUUGUGUCGAAUGCUGCUGUUAAUCCAUCUGCAGGCGGGGUUUUAGAUUGCGAUGAAUCGACAUGGGAUAAAAUAUUUGAAGUCAAUGUAAAAGCAGCAUAUUUGUUGGCCAAAGAGGCCUUACCUUUGUUACGGGAAAGACCGUUUGGGAGGAUUAUUUUUGUGUCAUCCAUAGGCGGUUUCCAUCCAUUUGAUUUACUAGGGACUUAUUCGGUUAGUAAGACGGCUCUGCUUGGGCUUACCAAAGCGGCAGCUGCUCAGCUAGUAAGAGAGAACAUUACAGUUAAUUCUAUUGCUCCUGGAAUAAUUAAAACAAAAUUUUCAACUGCUAUAACUGAACCUGAAGCAGCCCGAGAAGAAGCCUUGUCAAGGAUCCCCAUGAAUAGAUUUGGGGUUCCUCAUGACAUCAGUGGAGCCGCUGCUUACCUCGCAUCUGAAGACUCCAGCUACAUGACAGGAGAGACUUUGAUUGUGGCUGGAGGAAUGCCUUCAAGACUAUUGAUUCAAAUGCAGACCCUUUUGGGUGUCAAAAUGACCCCUAAAAAUGUUCUCAUAUUGUUCAGAACGAUGAGUUCGACCCCGUUACAACGUCUUUGUGGUAGAACAGCUGUAGUUACAGCCUCUACCGAAGGAAUCGGUUUUGCUAUUGCUCAACGAUUUGCCCAAGAAGGCGCAAAAGUCAUUAUUAGCAGUCGCAAAGAAAAGAAUGUGGAAGCGGCUGUCGCUAAAUUAAAGUCUGAGGGAUUAGACGUUUGUGGUCUUGUAUGCCAUGUCUCCAAUGCUGAUCAACGCAAAAAAUUGUUUGAGACGGCUAAAGCAUCAGGUGGUUUAGACAUUUUGGUCUCAAAUGCUGCUGUAAAUCCGUCUGCAACCGCGGUGUUAGAUUGUGACGAAAAAGCAUGGGAUAAAGUUUUUGAUGUAAACGUGAAAGCUUCUUUUUUGUUGGCAAAAGAAUCUUUACCAUUACUUCGCAAGAGUGGUUGCGGCAGAAUCAUUUUUAUCUCUUCCAUUGCUGGUUUCCAACCUUUAGAUUUGAUUGGAGCCUAUUGUGUUAGCAAAUGUGCGAUUCUUGGGCUCACUAAAACAGCAGCGGCCCAAUUAGCCAAAGAAAAUAUUACUGUGAACUGCAUAGCCCCGGGUUUAGUGAAAACUAAGUUCUCACAAUUUCUAGUUGAAAAAGAGGAAGAUAAAAAGAAAGUCUUAUCAAUGAUUCCGAUGGGAAGAAUGGCAAUGCCAAAUGAAAUAGCUAGCGCAGCAGCUUUCUUAGCAUCUGAUGAUGCUAGUUAUAUGACUGGAGAAACAAUUGUAAUUGCAGGAGGAAUGUUAUCAAGACUUUAAAUAAAUGAAUCAGCC